AUGGAGAUCAACACAAGAAGCUUUGUGGUUUCACUUGCUGGCAUUGCAGUUAUGGUGAUGGUGGUGGUGAUGACGAGCACGGCCGAAGCAACAAUGCCUGCUGUGUUUGUGCUGGGAGACUCCACAGUUGAUGUUGGAACCAACAAUUUCCUGACGGGAAGCAUCGACAGAGCCGAUUUCCCUCACAAUGGGAUCGACUUCCCGGGCUCCAAAGCUACUGGCAGGUUCAGCAAUGGCCACAACAUUGCUGACUUUCUUGCUAAGCAGCUGGGAUUGGAAAUGAGCCCACCGCCUUUCUUCUCGCUUGGGAACGGUACAGCUCCACUGAAGAACUCGAGCUUCAAAGGUGUGAACUUUGCAUCAGGAGGGUCUGGCAUUCUUGACACCACUGGAAUUAGCCCGGAUGGAGUGAAGACUGUUGUCCCGCUGAGCGAGCAGGUUCAGCAACUGGGCAACAUUUUCUCGAGGCUCGCCAGCUUCAAAGGUGCUGAAACUGCGGCAGACUACCUCGCAACCUCCAUGUUCAUCAUCAGCAUUGGAAGCAAUGACAUGUUUCACUAUUACCACGACAACAGCGGCAACUCGACAAAGGAGCAGUUCAUCUCUCAACUGACAGCCACAUACCAGAAACAUUUGAGGACAAUGCUUGGGUUUGGAGUGAGGAAGAUUGGGAUCAUUGCCGCGGGACCAGUUGGUUGCUGCCCAGCUCAGAGGAGAUUCAACCAGACAUCAGGCUGCUUGGAGCCCUUGAACGACUUGGCUGUUUCCUUCAAUGCCAAGGUCAAAAUCAUGAUGGCACACCUCAGCUCGGAUUUCGAUGGGAUGCAGUACUCGAUCGGGGAUACCUACUCGAUGACCAUGAAUUUGAUCAAGAGCCCUGCAUCAUAUGGGUUCAAGAUCAUAAAUACAGCUUGCUGCGGACUUGGGAAGCUGAAUGCGGAUUUCUUCUGCACACCUGAUGCCAACGUUUGCACGAACCGGGACGAGAUGCUAUUCUGGGACAUGUACCACCCUACUCAGGCUGCAUCAAAGCUUGCUGCUUCGAACCUCUACUAUGGCGGCCAACCUUUUGUGACCCCCAUCAACUUCAAGCAGUUGGCUGCCGCCUUCUAA